AUGCACCAAAAGAUUUUAUUAGGGGCUGCGCUGGCGCUCACGACUCGCGCCGCGCAACCGGGAGCUCUGGAGCCGGUCGCGGCGCCCUUACGCGACCUCCAUUGGGGCCAGCUCAACUUUCUCCACACGACAGAUACACAUGGCUGGCUCGGCGGCCAUCUUUUAGAGGCACAAUAUUCGGCCGACUGGGGGGACUACAUCUCAUUUUCCAAGCACCUUCGCAAGCACGCCGACGACAAGGGCGUCGACCUGCUCCUCGUCGACACCGGCGACCGCAUCGAAGGAAACGGCCUGUUCGACGCCUCGUCCCCCAAGGGCCUCUUCCAGUACGACAUUUACCGUGAGCAGGACGUCGACCUCCUCUGCAUCGGCAACCACGAGCUCUACCAAGCGUACUCGGCAGAUCGCGAGCUGAACACGACGGUCCCGAAUUUUAAAGACAGAUAUAUCGCCUCCAACCUCGAUGUCAUCGAUCCCCGGAGCGGGGAGCGGGUGCCCUUGGCCCAGCGCUACAAAAAGUUCACCACCAAGAACCAGGGCAUCGAGCUUCUCGCGUUUGGCUUCCUCUUUGACUUUACUGGCAACGCGAACAAUUCGUUUGUGCAAAAAGCCGAGGAUACUGUGAAGGAGCAAUGGUUCCAGGAUGCUAUUAAAGAAAAAGUAGACGCUUUUGUGGUGAUUGGGCACAUCGGGCUGCGCAUGCCCGAAUUCAAGACCAUCUUUACGGCCAUACGGAAAGAGAACUGGGACACGCCAAUCCUCUUUUUCGGCGGUCAUGCGCACGUCCGCGAUGCUCGGCAGUUUGAUUCCAAAUCCAUCGCCAUGGCGUCGGGCCGGUACUUUGAGACCAUUGGAUGGAUGUCUGCCGACGGGGUCAAAGCCAACGCCGCCGCGGCUGGCAAGGACGCGAGCACGGCGUCGUCCGGCCCCAGAUUCACGCGCCGAUACGUGGACACCAACCUGUACGGCAUGCGCUACCACAGCGGCACAAACGCCUCGAGCUUCGACACGGAGCAGGGCAAGCGCGUGACCAACAUGAUUGCCCGCGCCCGCAAGGCGCUUGAUCUCGACCACCAGUUUGGCUGCGCGCCCAAGACGCUGUGGAUGUCGCGCGCCAGGUACCCCAGCGCGGACAGCAUCUUCUCGUGGCUCGGCGACGAGGUGCUGCCCGCCGUCGUGCAGCACCCCACGCGCAAGGACAAGGCGCGCCUGGCCAUCCUCAACACGGGCGGCAUCCGCUUCGACAUCUUCAAGGGCCCCUUUACCCGCGACAGCACGUACAUUGUGAGCCCGUUUACCAGCGGCUUCAAGUACAUCCCCGACGUCCCGUACAGCAUCGCCAGAAACAUCCUCGCCCUGCUCAACGGCGCGGAUAAAAUCUUUGUCGAGGCCGGCGGCCAGGAGACCAAGUUCCUGACCAUUCCCCAGCAAAUGUUUCCGGCGGGCCAGGAGCCGCCCGUGCAUGGUCAAGAGGACGCGGCGGCACACGAGGACGAGCCGGCCGGCGACGAUGCACGCCUUGAGCUUCGCAGCACCCGCCACGGCGGCGGCGGCGGCAACGAUGAGCGUCCCUUGGUCGAAGGAUACACGACCACGGACGAUGUCGGCAAGGACGGCGACGACACCGUGCACAAGGCCGUCGAGUUUCACACCGUGCCCAACUGCAUCCAGUCCGCGAUUGGCUUUCCCAAAGACGGCAGCGAGCCCGAGACCGUGGACCUUGUGUUUCUCGACUUUAUCCAGCCCUGGAUCGUCAUUGCUCUCAAGUUCUCGGGCGGUACGCAGGGCGCUGGCGACGUUGAAAAAUACAUUGAUGGCACGUUUACGUAUAUACUAUCCGAAUGGAUCAAGGAGAACUGGACGGGCGAGUGCUGA